GGUGACAGGGCGACGAUGCGGGCCAGGGAGAUGCACCCGCUCUGCUGCCUCGCCGCCGACUACUGCCCCGGCGCCGAGCCCGACGCCGGGGACCGCUCCCCGCCCCCGGCGGCGGACGGGGCGGCCGUGGCGGGGGUGCUCAGCAAGUGGACCAACAUCGGCCGGGGCUGGCGCCCGCGCUGGUUCGCGAUCCGCGGCGGCGUCCUCGCCUACUGGAAGAUCCGCCGCCGCGUCGCCGCCGCCGAGGACGCCACGGCGUCUUCGCCAUCGACCGACGCCUCCGCCUCCGCCUCCGCCGCGGGCGCGGGCGCCAGGCUGAUCGGGGCCGCGGCCUGCGGCGCCGGGGAGCAGCCCAUCGGAUUCGUCCACCUCAAGAUCUCAUCAUUCAGCGAAAGUAAAUCAGAUGACAAACGGUUCUAUAUUAUUACUCCGACCAAGACGCUUCAGCUGAGGACCGGUUGCGCUAAGGACCGUGUGGCUUGGAUUGAAGCACUAGUUUCCGCAAGAAGUGAAUCUUCUCUUAGUGGUGUUUUACCAUGUGACCAGAAUGGUGAGUCAUUUUCCACAGAAAGGCUCAGGGAUCGCUUGCACGCUGAAGGUGUUGGAGCAGCAAUUGUUAAAGACUGCGAGCAGAUCGUUCAUUCAGAAUUUUCACAGUAUCACACACAGAUGAAGCAACGGUGCGAAUCGUAUUUAAGCUUUAUUGGCAGUCUUCCCCGGGAACUCGAGGUAGUUAGUUCAGGAGAUGGAGCUAUUGUUGACAAUCCACAGUUGCAAUUGUUCAAGCCUGACUGUUCCAGCUCUGGAAAAUGUAGUGAAUACAGCAAUACAGAGUCUUCUGAUGAUGCUGGCAAGCAAGAAAAACUAGGUCAAAUGCAAGAUGAAGAUGAGUUUCAUUUCUAUGAUACAAGGCAAAGUUUCAGUGACUCGGCUGCUACUCCUGACCUAGAAAGCAGAUACUUAAAUUAUGGUGAUGAAGCUUGCAAAUUUGGUGAUUCAUUAGCUGCUGACAAGACCAACGAAUAUUUACUCUCAUCUUCAAAGAGGCGUUCCAAGUUACCUGAACCAGUAGAAAAGGAGAGAAGUUUCAGCCUUUGGUCAAUGAUCAAAGAUAAUGUAGGGAAGGAUCUUACAAGAGUUUGUCUUCCUGUUUACUUUAAUGAGCCAAUUUCGUCGCUUCAAAAGUGCUUUGAAGACUUGGAAUACUCCUUUUUAUUGGACCGCGCAUAUGAAUGUGGCUCAAGGGGAAACAGUCUGAUGAGAAUUCUGUAUGUUGCUGCUUUUGCGGUCUCUGGGUAUGCUUCCACAGAGAGCCGUCCGUGCAAACCUUUCAAUCCAUUGUUAGGGGAAACCUAUGAAGCUGAUUACCCUGAAAAGGGAAUACGCUUCUUCUCUGAAAAGGUUAGUCAUCAUCCGAUGGCGAUGGCAUGCCAUUGCGAAGGGAAAGGUUGGAAAUUUUGGGGAGACAGCAACGUAAAGAGUAAAUUUUGGGGACAGUCGAUUCAAGUGGAUCCUAGCGGCAUAUUAACUCUAGAGUUUGAUGAUGGAGAAACUUUCCAGUGGAGUAAGGUUACAACUACCAUUAACAACCUUAUCAUUGGUCGAGUCUAUUGUCAUCACCAUGGCAUAAUGAACAUCAGCGGAAACAGAAAAUAUUCAUGCAAGCUGAUGUUUAAAGAGCAGUCUUUCCUGGAACGUAAUCCUCGCCAGGUUCAAGGCUUUGUUAAAGAUGCUGAUGGGACCAAGGUUGCAUCCCUGAUGGGGAAGUGGGAUGAGAGCAUGUAUUGCAUUGUUAGUGAUGAUGCUUCUAAACUGAACUCACAUAUUUCACAUCAGAGCGUUGGUGCCACCUUGUUGUGGGAGAAAAAUGAGCCGCCUACAGAUCCCACUCGAUAUAACUUGUCAUCAUUUGCGAUUACUUUAAACGAGUUGACACCAGGCCUCAAGGAGAAACUUCCACCAACAGAUUCAAGACUGAGACCAGACCAGAGACAUCUAGAGAAUGGAGAGUACGAGAAGGCAUAUUCUGAGAAACUACGCCUCGAGACCAGGCAACGGAUGGCAAGGAACAUGCAGGAGAGUGGCUGGAAGCCAAGAUGGUUCCAAAGAGACACCAAGGAUGGAACAUACCGUUAUGUUGGAGGCUACUGGGAGGCAAGAGAGCAUAGGAAAUGGGUUGGCUGCAAUGACAUAUUUGGCAGUUUCUGCGACAAUAUGAACCCACAGGGGUCCACGCUGUACACCAGUGCAAGUGUUUAGGCCUUCGGGAGUAGUAGGCGUUGGCAGCACACUAAUUUUUUGAAGGUACAUAAUUGAUCGGUUCCUCUCACAUCUAUCGUAUAAAGAAGAGCUAAAAUGUUCUCUUCUCCUUGUUGUCCUAUUUCUGUAUAAUGGUAAUACUUUUGCUAACACUGUUGCUAAAGUUGUCAAUAAUAUCAUUUCUCCACUUGUCUUUGAUG